UCGCCUUUGCUGUCCUUCAUCUUCCACCUUUGAUUAGAUAGUUAGUGUAGCUUGUCACAAACAGCCUCGUAAGGACCAGCAGGUCUGCUGUUGUUUGUUCUUCCUUUGUGUUCCUUUGUGUUCCUCCUCCUCCUCUCUUUUGCGCCAUAGCGGGAGGAUGAGGAGGAGGAGGAGGAGAAAAAAGUGGAAGAGAACUACACAUUUGUGAUAGACAAAUAUAAAAUAACCACUGCUGAUAAGACAGUGAGUCACCGGAGAGCAGACCUAGACAGCGUUAAUCCGUCACGAUAUAUAUAAGCUUGCCUGAUAUGAGGGCAGCGAGUGAAGGCGUGUGAGGGAGAAGAACAAGAUGUCCGAAAAUGAACCUCUCAAUACCACGGACGACAAGGGCCGCGCGGCGCAAGGGGGCGGCGCCGCGGGAGGUGGCGACGAGGCCUACUUUAAACAGGAGCUGCUGACGGCGGUGGAGACAGGCGACAUGGAUGAGCAACGCCUGAGCAACGCACUGAAACACCUUUCCAAAGAGGCCAUCAACGAAGCCUUCCCCAGGUUGCCCUACGCCGCCCUGCACCUCGCGGCCAAGAACAACUUCCCCAAGCUGGUGACCGCCCUGCUAAAGGCCGGAGCGGACUCCAACAUCCAGGACUUCUCAUGGAAGAAGUACAAUCCCCUUCACCAUGCCACCAAGAGUGGACACGCGGAGGUGGUCAAGGCCCUCCUGGAGAAAGGCGCCGACCCCAACGCCAAGGAAGGGGAGUUCGGCGACACGGCCCUCCACCUCCUUACCAAUAAAUGGGACACCAAAGAGGACUCCUACAAGGCCUGUCUGGACGCCCUCCUCUCCAACGACAAGACCCACGGGGACAUCCUGAACAUAGAGAAACAGUCUCCGAUCUUCCUGGCUGCCUCCAGAGGCUGGGAGUACAUGGUGGAGGAGCUUAUAUACAAGGGGGCGAACUACAAGGCGACUUAUGCUAACGAAACCAUUGAGGAUCUUAUCAAGAAGAAGUUCCCUGGCUUGUUGGCCUCUAUCAACACCAACGCCAUCGUUAAGCCACCGAGGCAUCUCAGGGAGGAGCUCUUUAAAGCUCUGAUCUGCCCCAACAUUGAACUCUUUCGGGAGAUCAUGGACGAGAUUGAGGAAGACAAGUUGCAGUCCAUGAAGUCAGUGCUGGAGAAUGACCAUGUGCACGGGAAGUACACGCUGCUGCAGUAUGCAUGUGAGAAAGGAUUGACGGACUUCGUGAAGGAGUUGCUGAAUCACGGUGCUGACCCUUCACAGGAGGACAAGACCAACAAGAUGAACCCAAUCCUGUACGCAGCACGGAAUGGCUUCUACAAGAUACUCAAGCUCCUGUUGCUGGCGCUGAGGAACCAGGAUGACCCGAACACAGAUUUCACGAAGGUGAGGGCCGCCCUGAAGAAGACAGAUGACAGGGGGGAGACGGCUCUGCACAAGGUAGUCAAGAGGGAGUAUGACAAUAAAGGCGAAGGCGUUGAUUACUCCAAGUGUCUGGAGCUGCUGCUGCUGGACAAGAAACGGUUGCUGGACCUGGAUGUGCAGGAGAACUUUUUAAAAGAUAUGGAUGAGCAUAAAAAGUUCAUGGACAAGGAGAAAUGUUUGGUGGAUCUGGAUGCACAGGAUAAGUACGGGUUCACGGCUCUGCAUCACGCUGUUUACUUUUACGACCAGAGCUUUGUGCAAAAGCUCCUCCUUAAUGGGUCAAGUCUCAGCAUCAAAAACAAGUUUGGAACGCUGGCCAUCACCAGCAUCCAGCCGAUGGUCCUGAAGAAGAUACUCAACAACUGCAUCGAGUCCGAGAAAAAUGUGUCCGACCUUAACUUUGAGAUCACUCUCCACUAUGGCAUGUUGGCACCCAAACAGACGGAGAUGCAGUCGGAUAUGGAGAUAAUGAGGUUCCUGAGUGACUCACGCAAACACCAACGCCUCCUCCUACACCCUGUGAUUGACACGCUCCUGUUCCUGAAGUGGCAGAGGAUCCAGAAAUACUACUACUUUAACAUCCUUCUGUAUAUGGCCUUCCUCAUCCUCCUGACAGCUUACAUCCUUCUCUUCCACGGGACCUUCACACACUUGACGGAUGAUGACCCAAGUGAACAGAAUGCCACAGCCAGCACAAGCUUGCCAGACCCAACAAAGGCCAAUGUAGCCCUCAAGAUUAGCCUCGGAGUCCUUAUCUUCAUCUGCAUAUUAUAUCUUAUAAUACGGGAAGGGAUACAGAUCUCUAUCUCUUGGAGACGGUAUGUGAAAAGCCUGAAAAACUGGCUUGAGAUCUCAAUAAUCCUCCUGACCUGCACGGUGCUGCUUAUCCCCAUCAUUCCCGUGGAGAUGGCAUCACAGCAGAGCGUGUGUGCCUGGCUGGUGCUGUUCUCGUGGAUAGAGGGCAUGCUGGUGCUGGGGCGGCAUCCAUACCUGUCCAUCUACAUCACCAUGUUUACCACGGUCGCCAAAAACUUUCUCAAAUUCAUUUUCAUGUUCUCCUCCAUGGUGGUGGCCUUCAGCAUCAGCUUCUACCUGGUGUUCCAAGUGAACGGGUACUUCACCACCUACUACAACUCCCUCCUCAAGACCAUAGCCAUGACCACCGGGGAGAUUGGGUACACAGAGCUCCCCCUCGACGCCUUCCCCGUCUCCUCGCACCUUCUCUACGUGACAUUCGUGUUCCUCAUCGUGCUCGUCCUCAUGAACCUGCUCAAUGGCCUGGCAGUGAGCGACAUCCAGAAGAUCCAACAGGAGGCGGAGAUCCUGAGCUCCAGGAGCAGGGUGGAGGUGAUAUCCUAUAUUGAGUCUGUGUUACCAGCCAAACUGCUGCUCAAGAACUUUCGGGAGUCAUCGCAGCACUGUGAGGGUGGCGAGAAGGACAACCGCUCCUUCACACCCUGCCUGGAGCAGGACAACCCCAUCAUAAAGUUCCUCAACCGCAUGGGACACUGCAUGCGUAUGUUCCAGACCUGUCUUCACCGCAGCCCAAGCAUCACUCUGUACCCAAACAGCAGCGAGAAGCGCUGGUACAUCUGUGAGUGUGGCUGGUUCCAGCUGAAGGAGGAGCAGAUUGAAGCAGCCAAGGAUGUGGUGCUAGAGCAGGUGAAAAAAGAAGAAAACUAAGCAAGCAAAACUAUUGCUUCCCCCCAAAAGUGGUAGAGUAUUCCAAAAGAUCAUUCCGAAACAGUUUGAGGCGUCUUGAUGCUUCCAUCUUGAAAGGGAGGCUAAAGUACAUGAGAGCUCCAAGAGGACACGCUGCACGCCUAACAAGAGGACAUUUGACACCUAACUUUCAGGCCCAGAAGAGGUCUGGGCAUGUAAAGAGGAUUUUGAAAGCAUAUAGUAAGAGGACUGCUGUGCUAUCUUGGUCCUUCUUUCCAACACAUAACUGUACUGGCUUUACUGUUGGAGACAGAGUAAAUUAACAUUUAGACACACGACAGCUUAAGAAAUGUAUAAUAUGGUGCAUUAUCAUUAAAAGACACAUCACUGAACAUGUUUGGCUAUUCAACACGUACAUAUAGAGAUGUCUAAAAAGACUGUUAACUAGCAUUCCUACACCAAGUAAUGGAUCCAUGUGCAAACUACACAUUAAUUUGAGUAUUUGCUUUGCUUGGCCUUGCACUGUAACAUACUGAGCCUUACAAACUGACUGAACAAUUUAUUAUGAGGAAAAUCUAUACAUCAAGCAGCUGAUAUAAGAAGCCAUCCAUGUGCAAUAAAUAAAAUAAUUAAAUAAAUGUCAUAUUGAUUAAUUGCUUGUAGUAGCUUGGCCUUGCACUGUAACACAGCAAGCAUUAUAAACUUGAAGGAUUUGUUAUGAGGUGAAUCUGUAGACCAACCAGCUCAUUGAUGGAUCUGGCAAGAACUGGCUUAAUAAGACAGGUGAUGCCAAUAAGGGUCUGAUAGUCAGGGUCAGGGUAGGACAAGUAGCAAUGGGUAUCAAUUUCAUCACUUCAGAUCCAACAGACAGAAGAGAUAGAUAGGCAGAACAUGGAGAAUUGAGUAGAAAGGGAGAAUUUCUGAAACAAUACAAUUUUUUUCUGUAAAUAUUUAUUCUUUCAAACCUGCAUAAUAUAUACAUUGAUAAAAACAAAUGCUCUGACUUCCACACGAUGACGGCCUUCAUUCCAUAUUUUCAGACACUUUCAGCUCUCAAAACAAAUACAUUUCCAAAGGCCACAAAGGAGAUGUGUUGGAUUCUCAUGAAUGUUUUUAGAAUCACGGUGCAGAAGCCUUAUCAAACUAUCCCUCCCAUAAAGGCUCAUAAACCUAUCAUUGGCAUUACCCACAACCACCUCUACAAAAGACUAAUCUAAUGCGGGUGUGUGAACCCCAAAACGUUAUAUAAUACAGGCCGAUUAUAUAAUUAGUUACAGCCGCCAAUGUCUCCUGCUGAAUGUAUCUGUGAAAUUCUGAAACUACUUAAUUUUACUGUUGAUAUUUGUCUUUCACACCCACACAAAACUUAUCCCCCAAAGAAAACAAAACAAAACUUCCUCGCAAUGGCAGCUUUCGUUACAGCGGCGAUCGUGUCUCCUGUCGGGUGUGUGUUAGUGAAAAUUAAGUAGAAAAGGAGAAACUCUAAAACUGUACAAAAUUUUACUGUUAACCCUUCGACGGCGGUGGAACUCUAUAAAGGAGUCCAAAGUUCAGUCAGUCAGUUUUGUAUGGCAGAAAUAUAACAAUACUUCCAGAUCACGGUAGAAUCUAUAUCUAGACGAUAGUUAAAACAUCCAUUAUGCGGCGUAACUAUGCUACGGUCCUAAGGUUGGCAGUGACUGUAAUAGACCAUUCAUUUUGGGGGAGCAGCUCUUCAAGUACUGCUGCCAUCUAAGGGUUAAAAUCUAUUCCCCUUAGUAACAGCAGCACCAGCUUCAAACCAGCCUGAGCCACACCCACUACCAGUUCUUAGAGGCACAGAGGCUUAUAACACAACCAAAGAGAACAGCAAUGACAGUCUUGGUACACCAGCAAUAAUAGCCUUAGUAAUACCGAUGACAGCCUUUGAACCAGCCUGAACCACACCCACUGCCAGUUCUUAGAGGCACAGAGGCUUAUAACACACCAAAGAGAACAGCAAUGACAGCCUUGGUACUACAGCAAUAAUAGCCUUAGUAAUACCGAUGAGAGCCCUUGAACCAGCCUUAGCCACAGCCUUUGCAUCAAGUACUUAGAGGUAUAGAGGAUUGUCACAUAACUGGAGAAGAAAACAGUAAUGACAGCCUUAGUGUUACCAGGAGGAACAACAACGACAGCCUUUGAAUCGCCUUUAGUCCCACCCACUGCAAAGAAAAGAACAUCACUGACAGCCCUUGUGUUAUUGGCAGGAACAGCCUUUGCUUCACCUUUAGUCACACCCACUGCA